AUGUCUGUAAUAUUUAAUGCGAGUGUAAAUACUAAGAGCGCAGUUGAGUAUCAGACAAUAUCAUCCACGCAAAGUCAUUCAGCGGAGGAGCAGUCAGAGCGCUUACACAAGUGGAUUUCAAAGGAUCAACUUGAGAAACUUUACUCGUCGUUUCUUAACACUCCCGAGCGGCAUGUUGGCAUCGAUGAAUUGCGUAUCAUACUUGAAGAACUAGAUAUAACGUUCAAUGAUUCAAUGUAUACACGGCUCUUUUUAAAGAUUAAUCAGAAUCGUGAUUUUAAGGUGGAUUGGAACGAGUUUGUGUCAUAUUUAAUAUUUGGCUUCCAAGAAGAGGAUCCUAGCAGCCAAAAGGAGUCUUUAAUUUUACCAAUCUCCGGACCCCCAAUGGUUAGGAAAUCUGAACACCGUUCAGCUAUAUGUUGUUUGGCUCUUCUAAAAGCCAAAUCGGAUCAAGUACCAAUUGAUGAAGUAACGGAGACUAUUAACUUUUCCUUUGGCGGUGAGGAUUCUCCAGAAGCUUCUGGCAUGUGGGUCACGGCCAGCCACGAGGGAAUGAUGCGCUUCUGGACAUCUCAUAUGGAACCAAUUCGAACGGCAUCGUCGGAAAGCAUCUGUAUGAGUUAUGCUUUCUUUAAUAAUGGAAAAGUGCACUCUAAGCUGAUACUCGGUGACUAUGCUGGCAACGUGAGAGUUCUGUCUUACUCGCCACACUUACGUGGUCCCUUUCAAGCAAAACCAGGUGCGGCCCUUAUUGAAGUUGUAUGGUCUGACAUACUCAGGGGGAAGAUACCCCAGUUUUUCCCAAAGGAAUACAUAAACCUUCACAAUGAGAUGGUAUCUUGCGUUUACUUUUCUUUACAUAUGAACGCCUUAUUUGCAUCGGCGGAAUAUAGGAACACUAAGAAGUAUAGAGGUCGCUGCCCUGGCAUGAUAAUGGUAACUUAUGACGAGCGAAGCAAUUUCCGCAUUCCCCUUGGUGUAUCUACCUUCUUCGUAGCCGAGAGCCAUAACAUUGUGGUAACAGGAGGGCCGGACACAUUUGUUAGGAUCUGGGAUGUUUAUAUUCCUACGGAGCCCUCUGCGAUCCUUACAGGUCAUAAUGGAGGAAUUGUUCUGGUUUUUGUCCAACCGGAAGAAAACAAGGUUUACAGCGUUGACUACCAGAAGAUUAUAAAAGUGUGGGACCUACACGAACAUACACUUUUGCAGACUUACGGAGAUUUAGUACGGUUGAUACAUCACAGUGAGACGGACCUGACAUAUUAUUACCAUUCCCAUCUUCGGGAACUUGUGGUGGCAGGACGAAAGUUGAUUUCCAUAAAGUGUUGCCCUCGCGUUCGUGUGGACCUCACAGAUGGUAACACUCACGCAGCUCCGGUCUCGGUUGUUUUGUACAAUCGUUUGUUUAGAAACAUUGUAAGCUGUGGCCUUGACAGUUAUAUUAUAGUUUGGGAUCCUUGGACAGGGCGGAGAAAAAUUAUCAUGAAAAGUUGUCACACCAAAAUGAUCUAUGGUGAGAUUAUUGAUAUUGAGAUCACCGCUGCCUGCUUUGAUCCGCUCGAGCAAUUUCUCCUCACUGGAGCACGUGAUGGUUCCCUGAAAAUCUGGAACUAUAACAACGCAGUUGUUGUACGAAAUAUGAGUAUAAUGCCAGACCAAGAAGUUACUGCAGUUAUUUGGGUUGUAGAUCGCAUACUUGCCAUGGGGUGGGAUAGGCAAGUGACGGAAUUUAAUGACGUAGUAGGACGCGAGUAUGGGGACCCGAAAAAGUGGCCAAAGUUUCAUACGGAUGAUAUUACCUGCGCGGACGUAAAGCUUGGCGAAGGUGUCGUUACAGCAACAUAUUCCGGAGAGAUUAUUUUUUGGAAAUUAGAGACUGGUCAGCCAUAUCGGCGGUAUAGCGUAAUGGACCCAACACGCUUUAUUGAGUUGAAACUAACGGCAGAAGAAGAAAAGUUCAUUCGGCAAAGUAAGCGGCUGGCAUCCAGGCUGACUCAUUCAGGUAAUCACAGCUUACAAACGGGACGGGCAGGUCGUUCCACUGUUUUAAAUCGACCAGAAGAUAACAGAGACUAUGGGACCGAUAUACCUAUCUCUGUACAAGCUGUGCUCUUCUUACAGACUCGACCUCAAACCUUGAAACACGGCAGUGUAUUUAUUUCCCUUGAUACAGGUUUUAUCCAAGUGUACUCUCACCAUCAACGUGGAGGAUACAUCGUGGAGUUUCUGGCUGUACACAAGACAGGUGACUGUGUGCUUACCAUGUGUACUGACCGUAAGAAUAGGUACCUUUAUACAGGGACCGCAUUCGGUUACAUUAAAGUAUGGUACAUUGUAAAUUUUUGUGUUCCAGAGUCUGAGAAAACACAUGUUUGCAUGCCAAAAUUACGUCUGGAGUUUAUUUUUCUUAGGAAAGAACUUUUUAUGACUAGAGCCAAGCGAGCUGUUCGAAAUCAAGCAGAGCCCCUUUUGGUCAGUUCCUAUAAAGGUCAUCUUAAAGCAAUAAAUUCUAUAGCCUUCAUCAAUCUUCCAAAAAUUAUAUUUACGGGAAGCCAUGAUUACUCCUGCCGCCUAUGGACCCAAGGUGGCCGGUACUUGGGAACACUUGGUACCGUUUUGCCAUGGUCAAGGCUUACGCCCUUUGAACGCGCUGGUGACGAUAACCAUUUGUACCGAAUGCCCCCCGAUAUUAAAAAAGUGGCCAGCUCAACAACUCUAAAGGUAAUUUCGGGAAUACAGGCAGAGACAAGUAUAAAGAUAUCCAACGGAAAGACAGUUGAAGAUCGGGAGGAAGAAACCGCUCAAACGGAGGAUGUAACUGAGUUAAGAAAACUUCUCGACAAGCCUGUUAAAGAACCAAUAGUGGGAAAGCAUUUCGAAUUACCUGGUCGGUCUAUUUUAGAUCAGCAUAUAGAACUGGAUACAACCCAAAGUUAUAUUGCUGUUUUUACCCAACUUAAGGUGCAUUCCACUGAAAUGUUGGAGCGCCUUCCAACGCCAGCAGUGGUUAGCCGUGUCCAAACUGAGAAUUAUAUGGACCACUAUAUCCCCGUAGAAGGAAAGGUAGAUGUGAGUGGUUCUGCGAUUAAUAUAAAGCAGCCAUCCCGUCGGCGUUCUGAUAAAGCAAGUGACACGCGUAACGUAAACACAUUAGGAGCCCGGGAUCAUGUACCAUUAGAUUUUAGUUCCAGCCAUGCGUCGCAAUCGUAGUUUGUUCUUUCCUUUAAGUCCUUAACGUGGUGCUUUUCGUAGGUUGAGUAAAUCCCUCAAAGAAUCCUUCAACAAUGAUAAACGAAAGACAAAAUGGGACCGCAUUUAUCGCUUUCACACAUCAGUAUGAACAUAUUAUCUCUUUAUAAUAUUUGCCAAUAAAAAUUAAGGUGUUUUAACAAUC